GAUUUUCUACAAAAAAUGUUGGUGGCACAGAUCUGACCCACAGUAAUACCUUGAAAGAGUAUGAAUAUUUCAGCAAACUGCCUCUUCAGUGGUUCCUCGUUAGCGUCUGAAGUGCAUGCUGCUGCUGUUAAUGGAGAUAAGAGUACCCUCCAAAAGCUAAUAGCAGGAAACUCUGAGCUGAAAGAUAAAGAGGACCAGUUUGGAAGAACUCCCCUUAUGUACUGUGUGCUGGCUGACAGGCUGGACUGUGCAGAGGCAUUGCUGAAGGCUGGAGCUGAUGUUAACAGAGCUGAUCGCAGCCGAAGGACUGCUCUCCAUCUUGCUGCACAAAAGGGAAAUUACCGCUUCAUGAAACUUUUACUGGCUCGCAGAGGGAACUGGAUGCAGAAGGACUUAGAGGAUAUGACACCGUUACAUUUAACUACACGUCACAAAAGUCCAAAAUGUUUAGCUUUGUUGUUAAAACAUAUGGCACCUGGAGAAGUGGAUACCCAGGACAGAAACAAGCAAACUGCAUUGCAUUGGAGUGCCUACUACAACAACCCAGAGCAUGUGAAACUUCUCAUCAAACAUGAUUCAAAUAUUGGAAUUCCUGAUAUUGAAGGAAAAAUCCCACUUCACUGGGCAGCUAACAACAAGGACCCUAGUGCAAUCCACACAGUGAAAUGUAUUCUGGAAGCUGCACCUACAGAAUCUCUGCUGAACUGGCAAGACUAUGAAGGACGAACUCCUCUUCAUUUUGCUGUUGCAGAUGGGAAUGUAGCAGUUGUGGAUGUCCUGACCUCCUAUGAAGGCUGCAAUGUGACAUCUUACGACAACUUGUUUCGAACUCCCCUCCACUGGGCAGCCUUACUUGGUCAUGCACAGAUUGUCCAUCUCUUACUAGAAAGAAAUAAGUUUGGAACUAUCCCAUCUGAUAGUCAAGGUGCAACACCCCUACAUUAUGCAGCACAGAGCAACUUUGCUGAAACAGUUGAAGUAUUUUUGAAACAUCCUUCUGUAAAAGAUGACUCAGAUCUUGAGGGAAGAACGUCCUUCAUGUGGGCAGCUGGCAAAGGCAGUGAUGAUGUCAUAAGGACUAUGCUGACUUUAAAAUUGGAUAUUGAUAUCAAUAUGACAGACAAAUAUGCCGGCACAGCAUUACACGCUGCUGCCCUUUCUGGCCACGUCAGCACAGUGAAACUGCUGCUGGAGCACAAAGCACAGGUGGAUGCUCUGGAUGUGAUGAAACACACCCCGCUCUUCCGAGCCUGUGAGAUGGGUCACAAGGAGGUGAUUCAAACUCUCAUUAAAGGAGGAGCAAGAGUAGAUUUGGUUGACCAGGAUGGGCAUUCACCCCUCCAUUGGGCAGCCUUGGGAGGAAAUGCUGACGUGUGCCAAAUCCUGAUAGAAAAUAAAAUCAACCCUAACGUGCAGGAUUAUGCAGGUAGAACACCUCUGCAGUGUGCUGCUUAUGGAGGUUACAUUAACUGCAUGGUAGUGUUGCUGGAAAACAAUGCAGAUCCAAAUAUUCAGGAUAAAGAGGGCAGAACUGCCCUGCACUGGCUCUGUAACAAUGGCUACCUUGAUGCUAUAAAGUUACUGCUGGGCUUUGAUGCUUUCCCCAACCACAUGGAGAACAGCGAGGAGAGGUAUACUCCACUUGAUUAUGCCUUGCUUGGUGAACACCACGAAGUGAUCCAGUUCAUGUUAGAACACGGGGCUCUGUCUAUAGCUGCCAUUCAGGAUAUUGCUGCUUUCAAAAUUCAGGCUGUCUACAAAGGAUACAAAGUUAGAAAGGCUUUUCAGGAGAGGAAGAAUCUUUUAAUGAAACAUGAACAGCUGAGAAAAGAUGCUGCUGCCAAGAAACGUGAAGAGGAAAGUAAGAGGAAGGAAGCCAAGCUGCAGAAAGGGAUGCAGAACGUGGAACAAAACAAGUUUCAGGUACAACAGAAUCCUGCAAACUGGGAGAAGGCCACCAGUGUCCCAAGGUUACCCAGCAAAGCAGCUGACACACAGAGCAAGAGGCUUCUGUCCCUCAAUGCUUCACAGAUCCAGCCAGGGAGAAACAGCAGAGGUUCACCUAAAGCUGGUCAUGACAGAGGGACCCCAAAGGAGAGCUGUCUGUCAGCAGAGCCUCAGAGCGAAAGUCAUAAGAUCAGGCAAGAUUCAUUGAGGAAACACAUCAAAAGCAAGUCAAGUUGCGUCCAUUUCCACUGUGGCAAAGCAAAUGAGGGAACAAAAGCUGAAGUGAAACCUCAGGUUGCAGCUGCUGCGGAGCCGGACGGAGAAAAGCACAAGGAGCACGCUGUCGACACAACGGAUGCCUGUGCUCGGAGGAGCAGGAAGCUUUCUGCUUCUGCCUGUAGGACUGCCAGUGCUGGGGAGAAGCUGAAGGAUCUGAGUCAGCCUCCCUCUGGCAAGAGGGACCACGGUGAAGGAAGGGCUGUGUUCUUGUGUGAUGCCGGUUGUACCGGUGGAAUGACACGAAACUCAAAGCUGGGGGAAGCUUCUUCCAAAGGCAGAAGGCACCAGCAGAAACCCAGGAAUAAAGAGGUAAAUGAUAAGAGAUGUUCACCAGCUGGUUCUAGUAGACCAGGAAGUGCCAAAACAGUGUUUGUAAGCACCAGAAAUGACAGCCUGCAUGCUGCAGAACAAACUGUCAAAGUGGGAAACAAUGAAAUAGCAAAAAAGGCCUCUUCAUUAUUGUCUGCUGGGGCAGAACCUACCAGGACUGUGCCAAGAAACCCAGUAGCAUGUUCUGCUUCUGAUGACGGUUUGAACUUGGAAAAAACAGGCUUAAUUGGAUCCAGAAACGCAGAUGAUCAGUUAUGUUCUGUUCCAUGGCAAAGUACAAAUAUUGAACUAAUCCCUUUAGAGAUUCGAAUGCAGAUCAUAGAAAAAGAAAGAAAGAGGAAGGAGCUUUUUCGGAAGAAGAACUACGCGGCCACAGUCAUACAGAGGACGUGGAGAAGUUACCAGCUAAGACAGGAGUUGUUUCAGCUCCUUAGUGCUAAGCGGCACUGCAAGGAAGAUGAAGACAAAUGGAGACAAGAGGCAGCUGCCUUCUUCAUUCAGGUUGCUUGGAAGAAGCAGCUGAACCAUAGCGCUCUGAAAUCAGUUCCUUCAUGUAAAAAUCUGAAAUCUGUAAACAAAACCAGCUCAGCCAUAAAAACCAGCAAGCAGUCCAUCCUAAAGCAGAUAUAUGGGCGUUCUCAGGAAGGCAAAGUGUGCCAGUCAACAAGACCUCCUUCUAAGCUGAAACUUUCUGAUGUGCAGCUGGUCUCAGUGAGCAACCUACAGUGUGUUAAUUUGUUGGAGAACAUGGGAAAAUCAAGGCAAUUUUCAUACAACAUGAGACCAACCACUGCUGCAAAACCAAAAAAUACAAGACUGAAGCAUUAAGCAAAAUAAUGUUUGGGAUUUAAAAUCCAUUCCAGUACAGCUGUUAUCUUUCAUAAUGUAUAAGCCAUCUAGGAUGUAUUAAACUUGAACAUUUUCAGUUUUCUAUUAUCACAGCAUUACACGCCAAGCAGACUGCUAAGGAGCUGGACUCAUUUUGUGUACAAACUGGUUUUUAAAUGCAACUGUUAAUUUCUUUAUCAACACAGGAUGAAAUCUGAAUUGCAUUUGAUGACAGAAAAUGAAGCACUAAGCCCAGUAUUGCAAUAACAUUGUAGAGGCAAAGCUUUCCAUUGCAAAAAGUAGGAAUUUUGAAUGUGUUCAUCAAACAAUGUUUCAAAAAAGAGGGAAAUUGUACUAAAGACAUUACAGUUCUGAGAGACCAAUGUUUAAUUUUACCUCAAGUUCAUUAAAUUGAUUUCAAAAUCCAAGCAGGAAUGGAAGAACAGCCUUCAUGCUCCACUUCUCUACUAAAGAAACAAUUGUUCCUUAGCUAACUAUGGAUGUGGAAGGAAACGCAGCCAUAAAACACUAAAGAAAUUGCUUUCACAACCUAUGGAAACUAUUAGGGCUGUGUUUUCUACCCUUUGAAAUUAUCACCAAUUUUUUUAAUAACUCUUUUUCUAUGUGCAUUAAAUAGAGAAGCAAGAAAAGAUGGGCCCUACCCUAGAAAAUAAAAACAGUUAUUGUAAUAGCUUUGGAGCUUCCACAGUGUACAGUAUUUACCUUGCACAAAGUAUUUAAAAUAUGAACUCAGCAAAAAUAAAAAAUGUUACUCUAAA